AAGAUUUCGUGAAGGCCGAGCCUCCUCUUGUAAUUUCCCUCCCCGCCGAGAAGACAAAAUUUCCCACUCCACUCGAAUUAAAACCCUAGCGGCUACAACCUUCGUUCCCCGCCGCCUCGUCCACCCGUCGCCGGCGCGCCGCCACUGCCACCGCCAGCGAGAUUGCGACCUGAGAGGUCCCGCGUCCUCGUGCUGUUCCCGGCUCUACCUUCGCCGCGGCCACCAUGAUCUGUGCAAUCUCCGGCGAGGUGCCGGAUGAGCCGGUGGUAUCAAAGAGGUCGGGGCUCCUCUUUGAGCGGCGGCUCAUCGAGCGCUACAUUGAGGACCAUGGAAAGUGUCCAGUUACGAAGGAGGAACUCUCCAUGGACGACAUCGUGCUGGUGAAGACCAACAAGGUCGUGAGGCCCAGGCCUCUGCAGGCUGCAAGCAUUCCCGGACUCCUUGGAAUCUUUCAAAACGAGUGGGAUGCUCUUAUGCUUUCUAAUUUUGCUUUGGAGCAGCAGCUUCACACAGCAAGACAAGAACUUAGUCAUGCGUUAUACCAGGUCUUUGUUUGACCAAUGCAAUUAUUUCUUCUCAAUUCAUGCAAAAAAUAUUAAGG